AACCGGCCGGUACGGGGCGCUGGAAUCCGUCCGCCAUUGCUGUCAGCUCCUAUCCGGUUGGCUCGUUUUGCCAUUUUCCUUUCCACUAAACCAGUCCGUGCUGAAUCGCAAAACGGAGAGGGUCUCUCCGCCGCCGCCUCACUUUGACAGAUGUAAACUUUCGCGUCGACCCAACCAGCAGGAUAGCCGAAACAGUGCCGAAGUGCCGGGAUCAGUGGAUAUGAGCGACGCCUCUUCCAAAACGGUGUUAGCCCAAUUCGACGUCGCAAGUGUUUCCCCCGAAUAAAGUGCCGGACAUGUCCAGCCAGCUCAUUCGCUCCGGCGAGUGCAGGAAGUUCUCGCCGAAUAUGUUCAACAAGACUAAGUGCACCAAUUGCUUCAGGCAGAAGGAGGAGCACAGCGCGGAAGCACUCGAGAGCAAUAGGAUGGAUAGCUGGUGCUACUGCCUUGUAAGUGGAGAUUUCGCCGAAUUACUCGGCAGUCGAGCGGCGAGAAAGGUUGCCAAAUGUGGCUAUUUGUUCGUCGCUCCGGGCUGGGACUUCACGAAUCCCGUCAACAGAACGAAGAGAUGGCAGAGGAGAUGGUUCGUCCUUUACGACGACGGAGAACUGAGCUACUCCCUCGACGAACAUCCGGAGACGGUGCCCCAGGCGAGCAUUGACAUGAACAAAGUCAUAGAAGUGGCGAGCGCCGACGAAGUCACAGGCAACCCUUUCAGCCUGGCCAUCACAUGCCCCGACAUCGUCCACUUCGUCAAAGGGACUUCGCGAGAAGAGGCGAGAUUCUGGACAGACGUCUUGUCAGUUUUCCCCAGAUCCAAGGGACGCCACAAAAGGAACGCCACGUUUCCUGGGACUCAGUCUGCAAGUAAGACCACUCACAUCCUCCAGACUCCGCCCAUCAGAGGAUCACCAGGUCUGGCCAACGAGGCAGCCAGAAACCAGUACAAUACAAGGAUUUCAACACCUGUCUGGGAGGGUGAUGAUGUAUUCCCGACUAAAGAUACCGCAUCACCGACCAAGUCUUCUCCGAUUGAGCAAAUCCCACAGACAAAUACCAACAGCGAACCAAGAAAAGUUUAUAUGGGAUCGCCUCCGACGAGAGAUAAGGUUGAUGAAAAAGGUAGGACGCGCAGAGUGGCAAACAGGGAGAAAAGAGGGUUGAAGUCGAACAGGAGUUACUCAGAGGAUAUAACGAAAAUGGUCCCCAACUGGCAGGACAAGCCUCAGACAGGCCAUCCAGAAGUCUCUCACAGACUCUUGUUAGAAGAGUAUGAAAGCGAGUGCAAGCUUAAAGACAUUGCUGACUCGAUUACGAGGCCGAGGACGAGGUCGCUCCAAAACUCUCAGCAUUGCCUCGAACCAACCCGGGACGGCGAUGUCACCUCCCACAAACAAGUAAGGGGUGAUCCUGACGGUUGCGGGUUGGACGUGUCGAUCCUGAGGUAUUCUCCGAGUGACCUACGAGUGGAUCUUCCAGCCGAGGAACUUCUGAACAUCAAACGUGGCUGGCUCAUGAAACAGGGGCAAGAUAAGGAAUGGACUAGGCAUUGGUUCGUCUUAAGAGGGAAUGGCCUUCUUUAUUACCGUGAUCCUAAAGCAGAAGAUCAAGGGAUUCUUGAUGGAGUUAUUGAUCUGUCCGGCAUCAGCAAUGUGACAGAAAUGCAAGUGCAAAGAAACUAUGGCUUCCAGCUUACGACCUGGGAUGGAAAACAAUAUGUUCUUUCUGCCCUCACUGGUGGAAUCAGGGCCCAUUGGUUGACCGCUCUGAAAAAAGCAGCUGGAAUACAGGACUCUUCUAUAGAACUUAGUUCACCCGUUCAGGAGCAUGAUUCUUUGGUUACCUCGACACCGAUGACGCCAAGAUCUCUUCUGUUUUCAUCCGACGAUGAAUACAGAACAGCAUCAGAAACUGGUAGGCGAGAGAGCGGCGAAUGGGGUGAAGCGCUCCCGCCUUCACCGCCUCUCAAUCGAACGCCUAUGUCCAAAGUUAAAGAAAGAGCACGAGGGGUUUCAAAGUGGAAAGGAUAUGGUACGAAACGAUCGAAAUCUUCUCCUCCGAACUCACGACGAUCGACACUUGAUUCAGUUUCAAGCCGUGAUCUGAUUGUAGCAUGUAAUCCUACAAGUCCCACGUCAAAGAUGAAAGAGUUGAAUGAGGACAGUGCUGAUUAUUCAUUGUAUAGAGAAAAGAGCAGUAGUCAGGAGGAAAUGAAGCCAAAAAUCAGGACAGCUGAUUUAGUCGCUUUGGAAAGAAAAGUUGAAGAUUUGAUGAAGCGUGAAGAAGAAACCGGUAAACAGAGGGCGAAAGACACCGCAGAGUAUGAAGCAUUAAAGAACAGAUAUGUUGAAGAAAAGUGCAAAUGGGAAAGAGCAAUGCAAUCAGUUGAAUGCGAGCUCGAGGAUGCAAACACGAGAUGCGCCAGCCUUUGCGCCGAACUAACCGAGCACAAAGAGAUGGAAGAAAAGCUUCAAAACGAACUGCAAAAAUUAGAAAUUCGGCUGACCUGUGCAAUAGAAGAGAAUGAAGCACUUUACCGGCGAGUCCAGGAACUUGAGAAGCCGACUUUGGCCGUGAAGGACAGGUCGAGGAGUGUCGAUUCCCUUAGUGACCUUACAAACAUUGAUCUUGAUCUUGAUUUCGACCAACUUGAUAAAGACAGAAUUGCGGAAGAAUAUACCGAUUUGAGAGCUAGGUUUGAAAAAGCUGUCAAUGAGAUCAGAGCUCUCAAGAGAGAAUUACGAGACUCGCAGGCUGCUGCAGAUUGGCUGGAGUUGAGUGUCGUUAGUGCAAGGCAGGAAGCGAAAGGACUUAGAGAAGAAUCUGAUGCUAGCAGCAAACUCAUGGCUGCUAGAAUUCAAGAUCUGGCAACUAAACUUUCCUCUGCUGAAAAACAAAUUCGUACGCUGAAACAAAAGUUGUCAAAGACUGAAACAAGAGAGAAGAGAAGGUCUCUGUCAUUAAAAGGAAGGGAAUCAUUUACGAUUUGCAAAGAACUCGAGGAUAAAUUGACCGAGUUGGAGAACAAGAUGAAUAUUAUUGAUCCCACAGCCAUCCCUGAAGUACCCGAGGGGCCUUCAUCGCUUGUCGUCGAGAGUAAAAAAUCAGAUAAAGUUUCUGCCCGGUUGAGGAGAAAAUCGCUCGACAGUGCUACGAGUACGGAACCUCUGAAGAUUCUGCUAAGACUGAGAAACCUCGAGGCCAAGGUAGCCCAGGCGAGCGCUUCAGAUAACAAGAAAAUUGAACUAAAACUAUUCAACGGAGAACAGGACGAGGUAGAUAGUCCACAGAAGACUGAGAUGAUGAAUGAAGUGAAAAAGAUGGAAAACCUCCUUCGAGCCAAGUUGAUCGUGCUUGCAAAGAAGAAAGAAUCCUUAAUCAAAGCAGGACAGUGGUCGAAUGAAGCUAAAUUAAACCUAUUAGCAGAAAAACUUGCUUAUGAGUCCGUCCUUAUUGGCCGCUUACACGAUGCAGUGAUGGAAAGUAAAGGUUUGGAUCUUACCGAUGCCGAACGAUUGAUCAUCAGUCUCGAUAAUAAAAUCAGCGGUGGGAAACCGAAUAUCGAAACCUCUUUAGAUUAUUUGGUAAAGUCAUUGGCUAAACAUUUAUCCCAACAAGGAGUGAAAAGAGUCAACAGGAAGCCAAAAGAUAGGAAAAAACAAGAUCCGGUUGUAAAUGAACUUCUGAGCAAGAAGAGUGUGAUUGAUGCCAAAGUGAGUAAGUACAUCGAUGAAGUCGUCGAUCAACUGGCACAAGCUUUUGCUGUCGAGAGCCUUGCCGAUGACGCAGGGAUGGACCGCAGCAAAGACAAAAUACAAGCCGCAUGGUCUCUGGCCCAAGAGGCCGUAAACCAAGAGUUAAUACAAGCAGAAAUCUCUCAGGUUUUAGCACAAUGUUCGCAGACGUACCGCAGCUAUAUAGAGAAUGAGAAUCAGACGAGAUUUGCUGGAAUUGUAAAGGAUAGGGCCAAUUUGGAAAUGUGGGUUUCUUUAGCUGAUGAAAAUCUGACUAAUGAUAUGGGAGUGGCCCUUAAGAAACUGCAAGACGAGUAUACAACGAGACUGCAAAGACUCAAGGCGGAAAACACCUCUCCUAUUAGACCUACAGAAGAAGAUGAAGAGAGGUCAAGGGAGCUUUUGAUCCAGUUUGCAGAUGUCGUCGCACACAAGUCCCUCCUGGAUGCAAGAGUAGCCGUUCUGUGCAACGGCGAAUACUCCGAUCUUGAGACUGAGCACAUCCCUUUCGAAGAGAACAGCCUCCUCUCCGAGAUACAGUUCUUAUACGUCAAAUUCUGCCGCGAGCUUUCGCAAGAUUCAAAAGACGAGGAGAAACUCAAAGACGCCAUCGAGAAAGUGAGCAAAGAAGUCAAUUGCCUGGAAAGAAUUCUGAGGCCGGACGCGCCGUGCGAAACAUUCGAACACUGCGCCGACAACCUGAUAGACUCACUCUGUAGGAAAUGUGAACAUCUCAAGGAGAAAUUGGUGUGCUUGCAAAAGUGCGCCGAAGAAAAGCAAGAGUGCUCUAGCUGUGCAAGUUUACAACAAGAAAUUUCUAGGCUUGAAACUAAUCAUAAGUCUGAAAUCGAUGAGCUUAAUAAAAAGCACAAAUCAGAAUUAAACAAAGUGACUGCUGAUUUUGAACAACAGAAGAGCAAUUUGAUUCAAAGGUACAAGGAGGAAGAGGACAAGCUGAUCGAUAAAAACAGAAAACUGGAAAAACAUGUAGAUUCCUGGGACGCUGAAUACAACACCCAGGCUGAGGACUUGAAAAAGUACUCAAAGGCACUCAGCUCGUCAAGCUCAGAUUUAGAAGAGGAGGAAAACAUGCGUCAUCGCUACCAAGCUGAAAUCCAGCAUCUGAGGGCUGUUUGUGAAAAGGGGCUCGUCGGCAUGGAAAAUUCACACAAAAGACAGAUAGUGGAACUGCAAGAAAAACACGAACGUGAGCUGAAGGCUCUCCGGCUUGAAAAGGACCAAGCACUUGCUGAAGAGACUCAUGCAACACUAGCAGCACUUGAUGCAAUGAGAAAGGCACAUGAGGCUGAGGUGCAGAAGGAAGUGGCCAAGUUCAAGACGGAGUACAUGAGCAAAAUGCAGUCCAAUCACGACAUUACCGCCCUGCACAAACAGCACCAGGCCGAGAUGGAAGAGAUUAAAAAAGAGAUUCUGUCUCUCUCUGACAAGUAUUCCAUAAAAUGCGUCGAGAGCGCAUCCCUCGAGGACAAGCUCCGCGUCGCCAAUCAACAGCUCGCCCAUGCCCACCAGCACAUAAUGCAGUUAGAUGCAAGGAAUAGGCAGUUGAGGGCUCAUCUCGUCGUAGAAGCAAACGCCGAUUCUAUUUCAAGACUGCACGAGCACACUCAUGGCGUGGGUGUGCCGAUGAAUAGCCAACCACGGGUGGUAAACGCCAUACCCAAAAAGACAGUUGCCAUUGGAAGUGAGCCCAACCCGAAGCCCAGUCUGAACGUAAGACAUCUGGAACCUCCACCUCUUCCAAAAGCAGAGGUGAGAAGGUGUCCAAGCAUCAGCCUAUGCGGUAUGGUAUCGAAGAGAAGGGAGGAAUUCGAGCGGAGAUUCACCGCUCCCGCAACUUGCUCACAGUCAAGCCGCGCCACUCUCAUUUAACCAAAACCAUACCUAGACACAUUUUGUUUGUUUGUUGUUUUUCAUGGUUUUUCCUUUUUAAUUUAAUUUUUUGUGAGCUUAUACUAACUCGUUGAUGGUUAUUUGUGCCAAAAGCCCUGUAGAAAAGUGCAAAAGAAAGUUAUCCCAGUGACCUUAUUAAAACACACAUUAACGGUCCUUAUACCAUUUACACCAAAGCAUAUUUAUUAAACAGAUUAAGUUUUUAUAUGUAGUUACUCUCUUUCUGUUUGCUUGUUGUUCUUUCCUUUUUCAAUUGACUUUUUUUUAAGUUUGUUACCGCAGUGUUACUUAUUGUAAAAUACAUUUUAACGUUUGCAAAACCUGUUUACCUUAGACGUCUAUUUGUUCUAGGUUUAUUAUUAUAACAUUACUACUUUUAAAAGAUAACAAAUAAAACAAGCCCUCCCAAGGGUGGAGAUAUGUUUAAAAUUAAUAAUUGUUUUCAAAUGUCUGUUGAUUUAUGGAUGUUGAAAUUGUUAUUUAGCUUAUUAAUGAAGCAGUUUGAUCUUUAAGAUUGGGAGUUCUUCAUGGAAUAUUUUUUCACCCAGCAGUUCUGGUAAUAAUAAACAUAUUUAUCAGGAGGACACCUCCAAAAAAUAAAUAAAUAAAAUAAAAAUAAAAA